GACCAGUAGGUUUUACUUUUGCUUUCCCUCUUUCCUGUUUUUUUUUUUUAGAUUAAUUGCUUUUGAUUGAUCUACUUGUAUGGCAGUGAUCCUUUUACCUGUUUUUAGCUUUAAAGGAUUGAGAGAUGACCUGACAUGCCUACCUGAUGAGGAUUUGUCUUCUCUGUGUCUUUGUGCUUUGCAUUGUGAGAUGCGCAAUACUGAGCAGAUUUUGAAAAGUGUUGGUCUUCUGGCCUAUGAAAUUGGUUCUCUGCAAGAGUGUAAUGACGAACUAUCAUAGUAUGGCCCAGAGAACUUCAAAGCAGACCAGAUCACGGUAAAACUGAGACCUGGACAGCAAACAGCUCCUGGUAGAAACAACAUUUCUUUUGCCUCUUGUUCAGGAAGUACUGAACGUCAAAUUUUGAGUGCUAUUGAAGACAUAGUUGACAAAUCCCUCCCAUCUUCAAAACUUGCAGCCCAUUUUAAAGAUAAAGAAGCAGCUAAAAUAUGCAUUCUGAACAAAAUAUCAUUCUGUGAGGCACGGCAAAAGUACUACAGUGAGAUGUUGGAGAGUGGCAUUUAUGUAAGGGAUUUUGGGACAAGACUCGAAGAAAUCAACUUGGAAAAGUCAGAUGUUGCCAAAGAGAUUGAACAUCAAAAAGCAUUUUGGCAUGGGAAGGGGAAAGAAAUUGAAAGUCCGUUUAAAGAGCUAUACCAACCCACUCAGCCAGCUCCAGCAUCCAAAGGCAGAAAGGGACGAAUGAGUAAGAAGCUCCCACAGAAAGAGGAGAAUAAAGAGCUCAGCUCUUAUGCAGGAACCCUAACCAAGGAGUUUCUGAUCAAGGUAUGCUCUCUGUGGAAGGAGAUUGCUGUAGUCACAAGGGACAGGGAAUUUGAUAAAGAUGAAGAACAUCUCAUUGACAUUUUUGAUAUAAAGUGCAAAGAAUGGGGGUUUCUUUUAUUGGAGUUGUUUGGUACGAGUCUUGGGACAGGAGAUUAUGGACAUCUCAUGAUAGAGCAUGUGCCAAUGCUCUUUAGAGUCCACCGUUCUCUGCAUGACCUCUCAAAUCAAGGAUUUGAAGCUGCUCACAAGCUGCAGAGACAGCUAUAUGCCAGAGCAACAUCACAUGAUUCUCCUGGCAACACUUCCUCAUUGGAUCAAAUUCUUACCUACUUAUUCACUGAGAAGUUCCUUGACAUGAGGCUUUCCUUUAGAGAGGCUUAUCGCUGCAUAACUUCAGGUAAAAAGUUAAACUGUGACCAUGGCCAUGAGUCAUGUACCCCGAAGAGUACACUCUGACGGAAAGCAUUGCUGCUUCUUGCAGCACUGGUGAAAGAGACUCCCAUAGCAGCACAAGUGGCGAUGAAGAACUCGAUGACAGCGAAGAUGAAGAUGAGUGCCAGUGAAAGUUGCAUUU